AACUGCUUAGAUUAUCAUUCCAGUGGGUGCCCUGGGCAGCGAUUCCUGAACCAUCCAUUCCUUUGAAAUUUUGUUCUCAACUGGAGAAAUGUCACAGUUCUCUCAGCUUUUAACUCUUUUAGUGAGAGAGGAAAGGGAUAGGAAAUAUGAACACUUUCUAGAAGAAGCAAUGAGCAAUUGUAUGCACAUCAGUGACUUACUGCUGAAGAUUCCAAAGUAUUAAAAAAUAUUGAUUAAGUCUCAACCUCUUGGGGAAAUUGUUGCCAUAACUUUCAUUUUGCCCUUAGAUUUUCUGAAGCUGAGGGCUGUAUUUAACUUGCUGAAUCUUGUAUUAUGGCCAGAAAGAGAUCUCAGGUCUCCAUUCCCCAGGUUCUUAUUAGACUUGACAACAGUGUUGCUAAAAUUGCAGACUCUUCAGAGUCCCAAAGAGAUGCAGUUUCUUGCAAUUUCCAUGUGAAGUCUAAAACAAUCUCUGUAUAGAUUUUGACUUCCGAAAUAUAUUCUGGGGUAAUAUAUCAGGUUCUACUGUCUUUGUGAAGACAAUUUCUUUUGUUAGCAUUUACUAAUUAUUUUGGUCUUUUUCUCCCUCUCUUUGCUAUAUUUCUUUUGACAUUGUUGGCUUUGACCUUAAAAGAAAAAGAAAUCAGACAUUUUCCAGAUUUAAGCUUUUCUUAUAAACCACCUCAUGUUUUAAAUGUUAUGUCUUGGGGGAGAAACCUAUGAGGAAUUGAUGGAAGUUAAAAAUUUUUAGUUAAUAAUUAUCACCUACCAUUAGAAACAAGUGCAAAUCACAUGAUGUCAAAGUGAAUCUAUCACGUACCAUAAUCAGAGAUAAAUCAAAGCAAUUACCAGGCAAACAGGGAUUGAAUAGAACUUAAAAACCAAUUAAACUAUUUAUUUCGACUGUACCACUGAAUAAACAGUUUAGUAUUUUAAUUUGCUCCUCUUUCUAUUUGCUUUAGCAAUGUGUUUGCUAAUAUAACUGAGAUGCACAAUUGCUAUUUAAUUAACCUAUUUUUGUCAGCACCUCACAAGUUUCAUGAAGUAGAUGUGCCAAAGUCUCAAAUAUAAUGAGCCAAAUAAAAAUAACAAACCUGAAAUUUGUGCCAUUUUACAAAUGAUGCCAAAUUGCAACAAUACCCAAAGAAGCAAAGAAACGGUUUACCUUAUAGAAAUUGGAUUUAAAAUACUUGAAAAAACAUGUUGAACUAAAACUUGGGUAACCAAAAUUACCCAGAAGUUUAGUAACAUUUUUAAAAAGUUUAAUUACACUGUUUUAUUAUCCCCUACUUUGUGUAUUUUUGCUCUUAAGUAUUGGUAAUAAAUCUACUUGAGGCCUUGUAUCUGGUUUGGAAUAACUGAGUUGGUAAUAGACACAAGAAGGUCUGGUAGCAUGCAUCUUUUACAAAAUCCUGUGUCUUUGGGUGAACUACUUUUCGAGUUACUGAGUUGGGCACCAUGAAAGUGUCAAUCCAUUUUCCUUUUAUUCCCUAAGACCAGUAUCAAAACCCUAAGAUACUUUGGAUUGUCUUGACCUUGAUGACACACAUUUUUCCACAAAAAAUGACAUAACCCAGAAUGUGAAAAGAAGCCUCACGUUUCUCUACCUUUGGAUGGUAGGAGUAUAUGAAAGUAAGAUGGGAAAAAAAAUGUUUUCAAUUAAAAAAUAGAAAUUAAGAUGGAAUAAUUCAGUUUAAAUAUAAAAAGACCCUUACCCCACACAUCACUGUACCCUGGUGAUUGGCACCAUGAAGACAACCACUCUGACUGGACUUCUGGCUCUUCAUCCAGAUGUUUUGCUCUCAGACAUAGUUAGUGUGGAAUUAGAUAAAACCAUUUUCUUCCUAACCUGUCUUUUUUUCACUAUCACACAUAUAUAAUUUACUCACACUUACUGAUCACAAUACCUCCAGUUCUCUAAAACAGCUGCUUAUUAGCCCAUUUAUGAUGGGACACUCACAUGUAACUGUCCCUCUAAAUUUGGGACAGUUAAAAAAAAUGCAUAGCUUUAUUUCAUUCCCAUUCCUCUGGCUGCUGUUAUGAAGUGUAAGCACCCUUCUAAUGGAGGGCCACUUUCUAGCUCUUAGAACAAAUAGUAGAAUGCCAUGUCUGCGAGAGUCCUCAGAAAUCUGGACCAAGGUCCUGUUAUACAGAUAAGAAAUCCGGUCACUUGAUUUUUACAGCAAGGUGAAGGUUAGGACUCAGACUUUCUGGCUCCCUAAAUUUCCUCCCAUCUUUAUCACACAGGCUUAUUGACUACGGCUGCCAUGUGUGAAGGAACUUUAAAUCAUCACAAGGGUACCUUAAUCGCAGCCUUUUCAUGAGUGACGCAAGAGAUGACUCUCCUUUCUCUGAAAAGGAAUGUGUUACAUCCUUAACCCAGACUUGCUUAACUGAGGUCAAAUUUACAUAAACAAAUGUCUUCCUGGGCUAGCAGUGAGCGUGUAUGGGCAGAGGCUGGAGUGACACCAUUUUGGUAAAGUGCGGAAUACACGCUCUGUUUAAAAGUGUUCACAUUCAAAUUCUAAAAUCUCUCUCUCAAACCAAACAUGUCCACAGGCUACUAGUUUGCAACUCCUACUGCAGCACCAUGCAGGCAGAGAAAAUAAGAGAGUGCUUUCACUAAUGCCAGCAGAAUCAACAUCACAGUUCCUUUUAGAAUACUUGGUGUCCCGAGUAUCCGGCCAAACCCUCUGCUUUGAAUGCCCUGGACUUCCAGUACUCAAGAAGAAGCAUGUCUCUGGGGAUGUAAAUCGCCCCCAUAGAGACCAGCUUUAGUCCUACCAGUCUCCACCCCAAAGACUAGACCUGCAAAGAAUAUACAUAUGCACAUCUCAUAAAAUCCAUAGGAGAAAUGAUGCUACAGCCUGUAACCUUCCUUCAGAAAAAACCCUAACAGACAAACCAAAUCACAGGGCAAACCCACCAUACGUACCGAACAAGCAGUGUAAUUAUAUUCUAUAGUUGAGGAAUUACAUAAAUUGCCCAUUGGGAAGGAAGCCUUAAUCUCUACUCCUCCCUUGAAAUCUAUAAACAGCUGUGCGAGUCUCCGUGCAUUUUUGAAAGGGUGAACACAUUUGAUCGGGGAACCAACUUGAUUUCCUAAUCAGGUUCGAUAUGAGCAGAGCCAGUUAGAGAUGUGUGUGAUUCUCUCAGUGUACGUCUUUGAUUCAUGCGCUAAUUAUGUCGAUCCUUUGGGGAACACAACCACAAAGCUGGGUCCUCCUUGAUUAAUGCUGGCUGAGAGCCAUGCAGUGCGCAGCGGAGAGCAGUUCUGCAUCUCUAGUCCCAGCUGAGAAUAUGGUCCCAUUAUCUCCCAGCUGCCUAAGCAAUCCAUAAGGGCCUGUUCUGCGUGGAUGAACAGUGUAGUGGAAGCAGGGACUUGCUGAGAGCUGAAAUCUCUGUUUGAUUUGCUGUAACAUGUAAAGCGAAACUGGGACAUUUUACUUUACAGUCUAUUAAAGGUUGAACAAAACUUAAAAGAAGCAGCGAAUCUAUUCACUUGUUAUUGGACUUGAAACUCCUUUGACCUCAGAAACUGAAGAUGAAGUUGCCAUGGGAACUGCUGGUACUGCAAUCAUUCAUGUUGUGCCUUGCAGAUGACUAUACACUGCAUGGUCCAAUUUUUAUUCAAGAACCAAGUCAUGUCAUGUUCCCUUUGGAUUCUGAGGAGAAAAAAGUGAAGCUUAAUUGUGAAGUUAAAGGGAAUCCAAAACCUCAUAUCAGGUGGAAGUUAAAUGGAACAGAUGUUGACAUUGGUAUGGAUUUCCGCUACAGUGUUGUUGAAGGCAGCUUGUUGAUCAAUAACCCCAAUAAAACCCAAGAUGCUGGAACAUACCAGUGCAUAGCAACAAACUCAUUUGGAACAAUUGUUAGCAGAGAAGCAAAGCUUCAGUUUGCUUAUCUUGAAAACUUUAAAACAAGAACAAGAAGCACUGUGUCUGUCCGCCAAGGUCAGGGGAUGGUACUACUGUGUGGCCCACCAGCCCAUUCUGGAGAGCUGAGCUAUGCCUGGAUCUUCAAUGAAUACCCUUCCUAUCAGGAUAAUCGUCGCUUCGUUUCUCAAGAGACUGGGAAUCUGUAUAUUGCCAAAGUAGAAAAAUCAGAUGUUGGGAAUUAUACCUGUGUGGUUACGAAUACAGUGACAAACCACAAGGUCCUGGGUCCACCCACCCCGCUAAUAUUGAGAAAUGAUGGGGUGAUGGGCGAAUAUGAGCCAAAAAUAGAAGUGCAGUUCCCAGAAACGGUCCCGACUGCAAAAGGAACAACAGUGAAGCUGGAAUGCUUUGCCUUAGGAAAUCCAGUACCAACUAUUAUCUGGAGAAGAGCUGAUGGAAAGCCAAUAGCAAGAAAAGCCAGGAGACACAAGUCAAAUGGAAUCCUUGAAAUCCCCAAUUUCCAGCAGGAGGAUGCUGGUUUAUAUGAAUGUGUGGCUGAAAAUUCAAGAGGGAAAAACGUAGCAAGGGGACAGUUGACUUUUUAUGCUCAACCUAAUUGGAUUCAAAAAAUAAAUGAUAUCCAUGUGGCCAUUGAAGAAAAUGUCUUUUGGGAAUGUAAAGCCAAUGGCAGACCCAAACCUACAUACAGGUGGCUAAAAAAUGGUGAAGCACUGUUAACUCAGGAAAGAAUUCAAAUCGAACAAGGAACACUCAACAUAACAAUAGUGAACCUCUCGGAUGCUGGCAUGUAUCAGUGUGUGGCAGAGAAUAAACAUGGAGUUAUUUUUUCCAGCGCAGAGCUUAGUGUUAUAGCCUUGGGUCCGGACUUUUCGAGAACCCUCUUAAAAAGGGUAACUCUUGUCAAAGUGGGAGGUGAAGUUGUCAUCGAGUGUAAGCCCAAAGCUUCUCCGAAACCUGUCUACACCUGGAAGAAAGGAAGGGACAUACUAAGAGAAAAUGAAAGAAUUAGCAUUUCUGAAGAUGGAAGUCUCAGAAUCGUCAAUGUGACAAAAUCAGAUGCUGGGAGUUAUACCUGUAUAGCCACUAACCAUUUUGGAACUGCUAGCAGUACUGGAAACUUGGUAGUAAAAGAUCCGACAAGGGUAAUGGUGCCCCCUUCCAGCAUGGAUGUCACUGUUGGAGAAAGUAUUGUUCUGCCAUGCCAGGUAACACAUGAUCACUCGCUAGACAUUGUGUUCACUUGGUCAUUUAAUGGACACCUGAUAGACUUCGACAAAGAUGGGGACCACUUUGAAAGAGUUGGAGGGCAGGAUUCAGCUGGUGAUUUGAUGAUCCGAAACAUCCAGCUGAAGCAUGCUGGGAAAUACGUCUGCAUGGUCCAAACAACUGUAGACAAGCUGUCUGCUGCCGCAGACCUGAUUGUAAGAGGUCCCCCAGGACCCCCAGAGGCUGUCACCAUAGAUGAAAUUACAGACACCACCGCUCAGCUCUCCUGGAGACCCGGGCCUGACAACCAUAGCCCCAUCACCAUGUAUGUCAUUCAAGCCAGAACUCCAUUCUCCGUGGGCUGGCAAGCAGUCAAUACAGUCCCGGAACUCAUUGAUGGGAAGACAUUCACAGCAACAGUGGUGGGUUUGAACCCUUGGGUCGAAUAUGAAUUCCGCACAGUUGCAGCCAACGUGAUUGGGAUUGGGGAGCCCAGCCGGCCCUCAGAGAAGCGGAGGACAGAAGAGGCCCUCCCAGAAGUCACCCCAGCUAAUGUCAGUGGUGGUGGAGGCAGCAAAUCUGAACUGGUUAUAACCUGGGAGACAGUCCCCGAGGAAUUACAGAAUGGUAGAGGUUUUGGUUACGUGGUGGCUUUCCGGCCCUAUGGCAAAAUAAUCUGGAUGCUGACAGUGCUGGCCUCAGCUGAUGCCUCCAGAUACGUAUUCAGGAAUGAGAGCGUGCGCCCCUUCUUUCCCUUCGAGGUUAAAGUGGGUGUCUUCAACAAUAAAGGAGAAGGCCCUUUCAGUCCCACCACAGUGGUAUAUUCUGCAGAAGAAGAACCCACCAAACCACCAGCCAGCAUCUUUGCCAGAAGUCUUUCUGCAACAGACAUUGAAGUUUUCUGGGCAUCCCCGAUAGAGAAGAAUAGAGGACGGAUACAAGGUUAUGAGGUUAAAUACUGGAGACAUGAUGACAAGGAAGAAAACGCCAGAAAAAUACGAACAAUCGGAAAUCAGACAUCAACAAAAAUCACCAACUUAAAAGGCAGUGCACUAUAUCAUUUAGCUGUCAAGGCAUAUAAUACUGCUGGGACAGGCCCCUCCAGUGCAACGGUCAACGUGACGACCAGAAAGCCACCACCAAGUCAACCCCCCGGAAACAUCAUAUGGAAUUCAUCGGACUCCAAAAUUAUCCUGAAUUGGGAUCAAGUGAAGGCCCUGGAUAAUGAGUCGGAAGUAAAAGGAUACAAAGUCUUGUACAGAUGGAACAGACAAAGCAGCACAUCUGUCAUUGAAACAAAUAAAACAUCGGUGGAGCUUUCUUUGCCUUUUGAUGAAGAUUAUAUAAUAGAAAUUAAGCCAUUUAGUGAUGGAGGAGACGGCAGCAGCAGUGAACAAAUUCGAAUUCCAAAGAUAUCAAAUGCCUAUGCAAGAGGAGCCGGGCCUUCCACUUCAAAUGCAUGCACGCUGUCAGCCAUCAGCACCAUCAUGAUCUCCCUCACAGCUAGGUCCAGUUUAUGACGAAAGUCACCUAAAGGACUUACUGUUUAUAAUAUAAGCAACAUUUAGCUAGUUGUUUUGGAGACACCCAGUACUAAGUAAUAUUGUUGUUCAAGUACAUCUUAUUACUGGAAAAAAAAAUGUUUUUUGCUUCUUUAGGAAUGGCAUUAUACAGUACUUCCUCAAAGCAAAUCUAGCUUUGUCUGAAGUUUCUUUGGAAACUCUGCAAUGCACUGAAGACAUCUGUAAUAUGAUGUUACCAAAGCAGUUUACAUAUGUCCUUAUAUGCAUAUUUUUUAUUAUAUAUUUAGUGUUUUAUAGAAUUUUUUAAAGUUAACAUGAAAUGUAGAUAUUAAUUUUUUUCCUCUGCUGUAAAAUGCUAUGGGCAACACGAUCAUACAAUUAUUAUUUGAAAAUAUUUCCUUUAGAGACAGAAUUUGAAACUCAUCUUGGUAAAUAAAUUGCAAAUGACUUGUACAGUUUUACAAGGAUCUAGUGCAGAGCAGCUGAAGGCUUGGUCUAUAACUCAAGGCUGCUGUCUGUAAAUGACUCUUCAGAUGGUUAACGCAUUGCAUCAAGUCCUUUUGACACGUACACUUUGUUUCCCAACCUGUUGUCAAUUUUGUUUGACCCAACUUGAGAUGGUUUCAGGAAUGGCUGCAAUCUCAAAACCUAAACUCACUGCCCAAGAGGUACCUUGUGCAAUACUCCCAUCCCUGAAUUUAGCGGUGUACGGUAAGACUUUCUUUUCACACCACUAAGUUAGCAUCGUCUUUGUAGUAGCAUUAUCUUAGACAUUAAAUUUGAAGUUAAAUAUCCUGUAGUAACAUAGAGCAAAAGUUACUAUACUCAACCCAGUCUUUCAAAGGAUAAAAGAUAAUUUUACUAUCUUUAAAUGUAUCUGUUUUGAAUGUACAUUUUUAAAAAAGGUAAUUCUCUGUUGAUGGAUUCAUAAUUUCUUUAUAUAUAAUAUGUGUAUCUCUUUAAUAAUAGAGCCCUUCUUUUGAAUCAAAAUCAUGUACGGAGUUUGGCAGAUUUCUCCUAUUUCAGCAAAUAGUUGCUGCAAAGAAUUUUUUCAUGAUUCUAUAAAAGAUCUUUAGUAAAAUUGUAUGGUAUCUUGAUGAUUCUCCUGUUUUGCAAUAGUAGCCUAGUUGCUUUAUAAGCUUUACCUUCUAAGUCUUAAAACCACACAUUGGAAAAUGACAAUAUCAACAAAACCGUAUUCUUAUGAAAAGAACUAUUUGUUAUAAUGGGGGAGGUUUUGUAAGUUGACACUAGUGGAACAGUGCAUAUAAAAGGCAAUGAAAUUUUCUAUAACAAUUUUCACAUGUAAACACGCUACCACCUUUUCUUCUUUCUGAGAGAGCUCAAAUUUGCCUGUAAUUUGUCGUUUUCGCUUACAAAUAAUAUAAGUUAAAUUUCAACCUUCUAGCUAUAUUUAUCCAAUAAAGUCAUAAUCAGGAUUCCACGUGUGUAAAAACUAGAGUGGUAACCAGAAAAAACAUUGUCAGUAUUUCAAGCUGUGUUCCUUUCUUAGUUUGAUAUGGUUACAUCUAUGUUAAAACAAAAUUUAAAAUCACACGCAAAAAAAUCAACAAAAUAAUAAAAUGAAUGAAAAAAAAAUGACACCCCAGGGAGUUCCCAACCCCAGUGUAAAUGAUAUUUACCAGUGAUCCAGCAUAUGUAAUCUUUUUUUAAAGGUAUUGUUAAUAAAUAUUCUGUCAUUUGUAAAGAUA